AUGACAGACCAAUUAAAAGACCCUUUGCCGACCUCUGUCGACGACUUCGGCACUGACGAACGCAUCUCCUUCUCCAAGCUCGAUAACAAGUACCUCGCCGUCCUCGACGACGGCACCGAGCUCGAGUUCGACCCAGCGACGUCGACCUGGACCGAGCCUGCAGACGUACCCCUGGAUCACUUCAACGAUGAAGACGAGACCGCAGCACAACUAGCAGACUUGUCCAGAGCCGGCGCCGGACCAGGCUACAUCAAUGGCGAGGGACCGCAACAGACCAACCCCAGGAAGCGCAAAGACUCGCCCACCUCAGCAGAGGACGGCGGCAGCAUGAACGCAGCACAGGGAGAAGCCGGCGGCAACGGCAACGGAAAACCUCGUCCCGCAAAGAAGGCCAAGCCCGCGCGAGCGCCGCCGCAGCCGCGCCAGAAUACGGCCGUCUACGUUACAGGGCUGCCCGCCGAUGCCACCGUCGACGAGGUGCACGAGGUGUUCUCGCGUAAGGCGGGCGUGAUCGCCGAGGAGAUCGACAGCGGCCGGCCGCGUAUCAAGAUGUAUACGGACGAGAGGGGCAACUUCAAGGGUGACGCGCUCGUGGUAUUUUUCAAGCCGCAGAGCGUAGAGAUGGCCAUCAUGCUGCUGGACGACACCGAAUUCCGCUUCGAGCCCGGGACGGUCGAGGCGCCGAAGAUGCGCGUCCAGGCCGCAGACUCGAGCUACAAGAAGGUCAAAUAUGACGAGAACGGGGCGGAAGGAGCAGGCGGCACGGGGGGCAAGGGCGGCGACAACGGGGAGGGGACGUCAGCACAGCCGAAGAGGGAACGGAACGAUAGAGACCGGCAGAAGAUCAUCCGUAAGACGCAGAAGAUGGCGGCGAAGCUCGCUGACUGGAGCGACGACGACACGGCGGCGAUACCCACGGAGACGAAUUCGAAAUGGGACAAGACAGUGAUCCUCAAGCACAUGUUCACGCUGGCGGAGCUGGAAGAAGACCCGGCGGCUCUCUUGGAGAUCAAGGAGGACAUCCGCGAAGAGUGCGCCAAGUUGGGAAACGUCACAAAUGUGGUGCUGUACGACGAGGAGCCGGACGGCGUUGUAUCUGUCAAGUUCUCCCAGCCGCAGUCCGCGCAGGCGUGUAUACAGUUGAUGAAUGGGCGCAGCUUCGACGGGCGGGUGGUGGAGGCGUCGACAGCAACGGGCAGGGAGAGGUUCAAGAAGUCGAAGCAGGGACAGGCGAGCGACAGCGAAUGA